UAGUCCAGAUGUGGAGGUUUUAGGGGGUAGAACCCGGACCGUGUUUCUCUAUCUGACACAAUAAUCACUGCUGUGGGCGUGGUGGCCAGCGGCAGAGAAACAAGGAAGUGACGCCAUCACGUUACGCUCUUAAAGCGAACGUCGGUUUUUUUUUCGGGGCAGGCGGAACCUUGAACAGACAGUUCUCUGUUUCUGCAGGAACUUUGAAAUAAGUUAGUUUCGCAGCAAGUUUAGAGUUAGUCACCUUGUUGUGGCAGGUGAACAGGUCGGUAAAUUCACCUGUUGGGACUCUUUAUAAUCUGCAGGGCUUAAAAGCGGAGAGGCGGACAUGGUGUCCACGGUCCAGAACACCGACGUGAAGCAGAAAGAUGCUGAUUGUGCAGUCGUGGUCGCUGUAACAUGUCGAGCAGUGUUUGAAUGUGGAGCUGAUGAUGGUGAAGAUGUGUACGGAAUGGGCGUGGCUUUCCCUCUGCUGCAGGCGAUGCAGGCAGUGAACGGACGUCUGCUGGAGGAAAAUCCUGCUGAGUCGCUGCUGUUUGAUGUCAUCCUGAUCACCACGGACAGCCAGCACCAGCAGCAGAGCUCCCGCAUCAUCAGCAGCACCAGACAUUACGGUCUUGAAGUCGGCAGGUUUUGUUUCUCCAGCGAGGAGGAUUUUAUCGAGAGUUUACUGAAAAAUAACGUGCAGCUCUUCUUGUCGACGGACAGAAACAAGGCGCAUGAAGCAUCACAGAAAGGUGUUCUCUCCGCGCUGCUGGACCAGCAGGUAGCUCCAUCAGAGCAGCUCAGAGUAAUGUUCUGUGGGGACGCCGUCAUCCGCCCCGAUGCUGAGUCGACGUCGGCGAGCAGACAAGCCGCUCAGAGUUUCUCUGCUCAGCUCGGCGAGAUGCGGCGGAGGUUCGGUAUGUUGGACAGCCCCCUCAGCAUCGUCAUGGUGAUGUCACUUGGCGGCAGGGAAAGCUGCGGCGGCGCCCUGCAGACACUGCGGUCCCGCGGCCUGUGUGUGGACGAGGCGUACUGCUUGGCCGGCGCUCCUCGCAGCCCAAUCGUGUCCCUGCUCCGAUCUCACUUCCUGGUCAGUGACGGCUUCAGCGGCCUGGAGGACUGAUGACAUCAUGGGUGGAUGAUGGUCACGUGACCUCACAAAGACCCUACACUGUGUCUUUAAAAACAAGCUGCCAGUUGCUCAGACUGAACUAAAGUGAAAUACCUGUUUGAAAAAAAUAGUUUCCGCUAAUAGAGCCUUAAAGAGCAAAUCCGUGAUCCUGAUGUAAAGCUAAGCCCCGCCCACCAGCAGAAUUCAAACCCCGGGAUUGGACAAAGUUGGUCUGUUCAGUUUCAAAAGUUCCAGUUAUUACAAAAUACUUCUGCAUCUUUUACAACUUCUUCUUUGUGUUUACUUGCAGCUGUAUGUUUCUAUAAUGUAUUUUAGGUCUCUUUACGUCCUUUGCUGCUCCGUUAGUUAAUUUUUUUUUUUUAUUAACUUAGCUGUGGUUCAGAUCAGAAUGAUAAAACGACAGCCUCAUUCUGUUUCUGAAGCUCUGUCUGUAAAAAAAAAAAAAGGGUAAAUGUUACAAAGCUGUCGAAGUCCUGAAAGAUUAUAUUUUUUAUAUUUUGUGCUCACAAAUUAGAAAAAAAUCUAAUGACUGUUACUGCCCCUUUGCGACAGCUGUGGACUUGAAAUACGGAUAUGAAAGGUAUUAAAAAUAUUAAAAAGGAAAAAUUAAUUAA